AUGCCGCUCAAAACUUCGUGGCAGUGUUCCUGCAGCGCCACCUUCCCAGGUGACCUGUUGAUGCUGGUGGGUAACCACGAGCGAGUGGGCAACUGGAACCCGCAGAAGGCAGUGAUUCUGUCGACGGACGCAUCCUCCUUUCCGACCUGGCGCUCGAACGAGGUCUUCUUCGAGGAGCAGCAGCCUCUCCGCCUGGAGUACAAGCUGAUUAUUCGCCGGUCCUCUGGGGAGAUCUACUGGGAACCCAUCGCUACCAACCGCGUGGUGAACUUGACGGCCAACACCUCCUCAGUGACCGAGAACGUUUGGGGAUCCCUCGCGACGUGCUCGAUAACUUUCUUCCCGCUGCAACCGCUCCCCUCUCCCUCGUUUUACAAACAUGUCUCAGCCGCGGCCUCGCAGAAGGACGGGGUCUCGCCGCGAGUCCGCUCCUGCGCCUCCAUCUCAGGCGGCUCCACGUCAGACGACUGCCAAAACGCGCAGAGCCCAGGGGCCUCGCAGGGCGCCGGCGGGCUCGCGGCGACCGCAGGGAAGCCGGCGGCAGGCUCAGCGGGCCGGGGGACCAAGGGGUACAUGGCGCAUCGCCAGUGCAGCGGCGCCCAGGGGCGCACCUCCAGCAGCACGCAAGCUGCGGACGAAGCAGCCGGCGGAGGAAACCGUGUCUCGUUCAAACGCUCGGCUUUCAUUCUCGCCAACACACGCCCCAUUACUGCCUACUACACCAUUUCCAAGACGAUCGGUCGCGGCACGUGGGGAGAAGUCAAGCUGGUGAUUGACAAUGAGACAGGCGCUCGCCGAGCCGCGAAGAAAAUUCCAAAGUGCUACGUUGAAGACGCCGAUCGUUUUAGGCAAGAAAUCGAGAUUAUGAAGAGUCUAGACCACCCGAACAUCGUGCGUCUGUACGAAACUUUCGAAGAUGUGACUGACUUUUAUUUAGUGAUGGAGUACUGCACGGGUGGCGAACUCUUCGAUCGGCUGGUGCACCAAGGUGUCUUCACAGAGGCCCUCGCGUGCCGCAUCAUGCGCCAGAUUUUGGCGGCAGUCGCGUACUGCCACGCCCACCGAGUCGCGCACAGAGACUUGAAGCCAGAGAAUUUCCUAUUUUUGCACGACAACCCGGAGUCGCCGAUCAAGCUCAUCGACUUUGGCCUCGCCGCGCGUUUCCGGCCUGGUCAGCCGAUGCGAACGAGAGCGGGGACGCCCUACUACGUCUCGCCCCAGGUGCUCGAAGGACGCUACGGCCCAGAGUGCGAUGUAUGGUCUGCCGGCGUGAUGAUGUACAUUCUGCUGUGCGGCUACCCUCCGUUCAAUGCGCCUUCGGACCGGGGAAUCAUGAACAAAGUGCGCGCGGGGCACUACACGUUCCCAGACAGCGAGUGGAAUCGCGUCUCGCUGCAGGCCAAGGACCUCAUUUCGCGUCUGCUCGACCGCCAUCCGCGCACACGCAUCAGCGCCGACCAGGCGCUGCGGCACCCCUGGUUUGUAAUGCACGCCCCGGGUGACCACUUCGAGCCGCUCGGCCUGGACAUCUUGAGCAAGUUCCGUCGGUUCCAGGGACUGAGCCGUCUGAAGAAACUGGCUCUGACAGUCAUCGCGCAGCACCUGGAGGACUCGGAAAUUGAAGGGCUGAAGAAUGUGUUCACGCAGCUCGACACUGAGGGCGACGGUGUACUGACAGUGGAGGAGAUUCGCAAGGGAAUCGAGCGCAGCGGCGUCCACUUGCCACCCGACAUGGUUUUGGAAGACGUGCUAAGAGAGGUCGACACUGCCGGCACGGGCAGCAUCGACUACACGGAAUUCAUUGCGGCGUGUCUUCACCAGUCGCACUAUAUCCGCGAGGAAGCAUGUCGGGCUGCUUUCCGUGUCCUGGAUAUCAACGGAGACGGCCACGUCAGCGCUCAAGAACUGCGUCAGGUGUUCCACAUGGCGGGCGACCUCGAGACCGACGCGACUGCGGAGUUGUUGGAGGCCGACGCGGACGGCGACGGCCGCAUCACUUUCGAAGAAUUCUGCGGCCUGAUGCGCAAGGUUCCCUCGCUGGCUCUGGUGACAGAGCACACAGUUUCGAUGAUGCGUCGCACCUGCUCGCGGACCAAUAUGAGCGCGUCCAAUCUGUCUACUCCGUCGGGUUGA